CGGUCGAGCUGAGCUCCGAGCUCCCUUCCCCACAGGCGAGUGUCAGAUGCCAUAUAGCCGGAUGUAGCCGCGGUUGCUGCAACACUGCGAGCGCUCAGCGCUGACAAGACUGCACUCGCUGCCAGUGGCAAGCAUCUGCACAAUGGCCGCCCCAAUGAUUCGGCGGGCGUGCAUGUACGUCCCCGCGUCGUCGCCCAAGAUGCUCUCCAAGGCCCUCGCCAUGCACGCCGACAACCUGACCUUCGACCUGGAAGACUCAGUCGCGCCCGCGCUCAAAGAAUCCGCGCGCGCAAACCUGCGUCCCAUCCUGUCGCAGCCGCGCCCCGCCGGCGUCCGCGAACUCUGCGUCCGCAUCAACAGCGUCGACACGGGCCUCGCGCUCGCCGACCUCACCGACGUGCUGCAGGGCCCGCACCUCGACGCCAUCAUGCUGCCCAAGUGCGAGUCGGCCGCCGACCUGCACUUUGUGACCGACGUGCUGCGCCACGUGCUCCCCGCGCGGCACCCCAGCAGCCCCAGCCCCGACGCACCACAGCCGCCGCUGCGCAUCAUCGCGCUCAUCGAGUCUGCCCGCGCCGUCCAGAACCUGCGCGAGAUCUGCGCCGCGUCGCCGUACCUCGAUGGCCUGGUCUUCGCCGCCGAGGACUUCGCAAAGGAUAUGAGUCUCACGCGGACGCCCUCGCUGACCGAGUUCCUGUACGCCCGCAGCGCGAUUGCGACGGCGGCGCGCGCGGCGCUGCUGCCCAGCACGAUUGAUCUCGUGUGCACGAGCUACAAGGGCGAGGUGGGGUUGAAGACGCUGGAGGAGGAGUGUCUGGGCGGCAAGGGGCUGGGGUUCAAUGGCAAGCAGUGCAUUCACCCGAGUCAGGUGGCCGUGUGUCACAGGGCGUUUAGUCCGGGGGAGGCCGAGGUGGAGUGGGCGGCGCGCGUGGUGAUUGGGGACGAGAAGGCGGAUCGGGCGGGCCGCGGGGCGUGGACGCUCGAGGGCAAGAUGAUCGAUGUGCCGGUGGUGAAGAAGGCACGGGCUGUGCUGCAGCACGCGGCGGCGUGCGAGAUAGACGUCACGGCGGUGCGGGAGAAGUGGAAGCAUCAAGAGCCCGAGUAG